AUGCCAACCCACACUGUGUCCAUUUACACCCCGAAGGAUGUCCCUAUUCCGCCAUCGCCUUCUGCCACUUACUUCUCAGAGGUGCAAUGGAAGACACUCUAUGCGCUGGCCGGUGCGGUUGUGCCCUCCAUCCAUGCUGCGGCUACUGUCAAGUCAUCAAACAACUGA